CAUUCAAAAUACAACAGUUCUCCUAUAGUCGUGGGAUUUGUUCUCUUUUCACAAAUGCCUUCAUUUCUUCUUGUCUCUACACUUCUCUUAUUCCUAAUAAUGUCCCACUCUUCUCAUGCCCAAAAUUCUCAACAAGACUAUUUGGAUGCCCAUAACACAGCUCGUGCAGACGUAGGCGUAGAACCUUUGACCUGGGACGACCAGGUGGCAGCCUAUGCGCAAAAUUAUACUUCCCAAUUGGCUGCAGAUUGUAACCUCGUACAUUCUCAUGGUCAAUAUGGCGAAAACCUAGCUGAGGGAAGUGGCGAUUUUAUGACGGCUGCUAAGGCCGUUGAGAUGUGGGUCGAUGAGAAACAGUAUUAUGACCAUGACUCAAAUACUUGUGCACAAGGACAGGUGUGUGGACACUAUACUCAGGUGGUUUGGCGUAACUCGGUUCGUGUUGGAUGUGCUAGGGUUCAGUGUAACAAUGGAGGAUAUGUUGUCUCUUGCAACUACGAUCCUCCAGGUAAUGUUAUAGGCCAAAGUCCAUACUAAAAUGAUGUCCAUUUAAUUUCACGUUAUAUGUAUUGACUUCUGCUUGAUAUAUAUCAAGAACUUAAAUAAUUAAGUAUAGAGUGGAGUACUAUAUUUGUAAUCCUCUGAAGUGGCUAUAUAAUAAGAUCAAGAGGUCUUUAAUUAAGGGGGAAAAUUAUGAA